ACACGAAGAUAUCCGCCACAUGAGCACCGCAGUCAGGCUCAACUCCAAGAUGAGGGAUAUCUCCGGCAAGGCGGCGCUGGUUAUCAUCAACCUGCCCUGUGUGCCUGAGUCGACCAGAGGCCGAGCAAACUAUAUGUCUUUCCUUGAGGUCCUAACGGAAGGCCUCAACAGACUGUUGCUGGUCAGGGGAACAGGCGGAGAGGUCAUCACCGUCUACAACUAA